AUGGCAUUUUUUGAAGAAGAAAAUGGUCAUAACAAUGACUUUGGAGUGGCUCUACCUUCAGAGCUUUGGUUAGCAAUUUUCGAAAAAUUUAACCCCGUGUAUGAUGAUAUUUUUACAUUGUGUCUUGUCUGUAAGAGUUGGCGAAGUAUAAUUUUUACCAACACUGAUCCUUCUCUUUGGGAAAAGAUAAUCGUAAAGAAUGUUAGAAACUGUAGCUACGACAGUGCUAUUUUGGGAAGAUUCAGAACUAUCAUCAAACUAUUUGGUCGUUUUGUGAAGCUCAUUCGGUUACAGAAAUGUCAUGAACUUUUCACUGAAAUUCUCCUCUUGUACGCCCCUCGUCUUUCAUUUUUGACUACUCUUGGAAUAACUGGUAUGCCAUGGUCGAAGAGGCUUCUCAGAGGGCUGAGUUGUCAAAAAUCUCUUGGGUGUGUCACCUUGGAGGGUUCCCUGAUUCUUGAAGGAAUUUUCAAUGAGGAUGAUUUGCAGCACAUAGCUGAGAGUUUUCCUCAAGUUAGAAACCUUUGUUUGCAAUACUCAGUGGUCAAGCCAGAUUGGAUAACUACUGUAAGAGGUGUCAUGAUGUCCAAGUAUAAUCAUCACAUAACAAGUCUGGAGCUAGAGCGAGCAAGAAUAGAUGCAUCUGAUCUCAGAGACUCUGUCAAAGAGCUAAAAGGCUUGAAAAAAUUUAGUUAUGGGAAUGACCAAAUUCAUGGUUUGCCAUCUACUCAGCAACUCUAUUUAAAUUCCAANAUGCCAUGGUCGAAGAGGCUUCUCAGAGGGCUGAGUUGUCAAAAAUCUCUUGGGUGUGUCACCUUGGAGGGUUCCCUGAUUCUUGAAGGAAUUUUCAAUGAGGAUGAUUUGCAGCACAUAGCUGAGAGUUUUCCUCAAGUUAGAAACCUUUGUUUGCAAUACUCAGUGGUCAAGCCAGAUUGGAUAACUACUGUAAGAGGUGUCAUGAUGUCCAAGUAUAAUCAUCACAUAACAAGUCUGGAGCUAGAGCGAGCAAGAAUAGAUGCAUCUGAUCUCAGAGACUCUGUCAAAGAGCUAAAAGGCUUGAAAAAAUUUAGUUAUGGGAAUGACCAAAUUCAUGGUUUGCCAUCUACUCAGCAACUCUAUUUAAAUUCCAAAUCUCUUAGGGAAGUGGAACUUUUUCAGGUUGGAGAUUUUGCAGAGUAUGAUUUUGUAUUUCCUAAUCUGAAGAAGCUGACACUAAAUGGUUGUACUUCUGUGUGUAAACUGGGCAUUGAUGCAUCCGCACUUAGGUGUCUUUAUCUACUGCUGUGUGUUGAGGUUCGCAACCUCAACAGAAUCACUGCUAACUCUCUGCAUGAGUUAAAACUAAGGAGAUGCAAUGCUCUUAUUCCAGCAGAACUGAUAAGUCUUUUGGUUAGAAACCCAGACAUCAAAUCAUUAGAGCUUGAAGUGUACUGGUCAAGUUUAAGACUAGAUCAGCACUCGACUCCAUCAUUGGAAAAUAUCACAAUAUUUGACAAUGGUGAACGCUUGACCUCAGUUGACAUCCGUUGUCCCAAACUGCAGCAUCUUAUGAUUAAAAAGUCAAUGACUCGUUCCACUAUUGUAAAAGCAGUUUCAAUAUUGUCUUUUGAUGUCCAGAAGAUUGUAGUCAGUGACAUACCUAACCUUCGGAAAAUCACUGUUGAAGCUGACAGAGUCGCAUACCUUGAACUGAACUUUGAAAGACGGCUAGAUCAUGUCAAACCUAUUGAAUAUACAAAGUUAAAUUUCAGAAGUAGGAUGUGUCAGUUGAAAAUCAAGCAUCUUGUUAUCAAGAAGUGUAAUUUGAAAGCUCUAGUUGUUUCUUUGUGCAAUGUUCAGCAUAUAUCCCUGGAAUACUGUAACCUUGACUGCCCUGUUGGUGAUUUGAUUCAAAACUGUGGUAUGGUGGAAUCACUGACUUUGAAGAACUGCUACGGGCCUUGUCAGUUGAACUUGAACAGUGAGCAUCUCAAAGAACUCUAUGUUGUUUCCUGUACAUCACUGCUUAUGGAUCACAUCAAUCUGGCUUGUCCAUCUCUGGUAGUACUCAAUGUGUCUGGACUGUUAUUCUUGCCAAGCCAGGAAGAAGUACAUUUUAUUGCUAGCAAUGUCAGGGAACUGUCUCCUUUUCUUGGAUCUGUUAAAUUCUCUCAUUAG